AUGCUCGACGAAAACCUGCCCGCCUUCAUCCUCAAGCCAUCCUCGACCGGUGUCAAGCACCACCGUGACUUCUACUUGGCUCAGCAUGGCAACGACCCUGUGCCCUCAUACUCCCUCCAGCACGCCGACCCGGCAUCUCCAUCGCCAGCACACAAGAAUUGCUAUGGAGCAGCGUUGUUCGACGCCUACAACCCCGAAGUCCUCUUUGGUGAGGUCCUAGCCCGGCCGGGAUGGACGCAACCUACCCUCUCCGCCGAAGAAGCGCGGCGACAGGGUGGUGUAGCUCCGCCUCCUCAGCCCAUCAUACCGACGGAGUUUGCGGUGCAAUUGUACGAACCAGACCAGCAGAUCCGCGUGAGCAUCAAGAGCUCUACUUUUGGCAGCGACAGCUACGAGUUCAGCUUACCCGAGACUGCAUUUCGGACGCCGAGUAGCAGUACUUUGGACCAUGGACAGUCAGAUCCAGCGAGCUUGAACAUCACACCAAGAAUCAACUUUGUCUGGAGGAAGGAGAGCAAGCUGAACAAGGAUUUGACGUGCUACAUGACGGGCAAGAGUACGGAUGUCAAAAGCAAGAAGUCGAAGAGGGAUCCAGAUAUUGCGAUAGCAUUGUGGCGGAGCAUGCGCGAGUUGACGAUCUACGAGCCCAACCUUGCGAGGAUAGGGCUGGAAGAUCCGAAGGGUUUGGAGGUGACGUUGCUUUUGAGCGCGGUUGUCAUCCGGGACCUGUACUUCUCUUCCAAGGACCAGCUUCCGGAGCUCUUCAAUAUCUCCGACAUGGGUGCGAGGAAGUUGAGCUCAGGCGGCAGAAAAUUGUCGAACCCAAGGACUGCUCAGGCAGCCGCUGUCCCUCCAAAUGCUCUUCAUUCUCAGCCGCCCAAAAACAGCGUACCGCAACAAACACCUAACGAAGCCAAACGGACCUCACUGCCACGGCUGCAAACAACUCCGCCUCACUCCCGCCAGCCCUCUAAUCAACCACCACCAAUGGCAGAUCUUCGCGCACAAUGGGAGCUCGACGCUGAGACCGCUCGCCUCAAGGCGGAACAGAGAGCCGAGCAAGAAGCUGAAGCUCGCGCCGCUGCCGCUCGUCGCAAGCAACGAGAACGCGAAGACGAAGCCGAACGCCGUCGCCUUCAACGCAUGGUCGACGAAGAAGCAAAAGCAGCCCAGAAGAAGCAAGUUGAGAUUGAUCGCGAGACCGACCGGCUGCGGAAACUGUAUGGCGUGAAACCACUCCCUAAUUCGCAGCAGCAACCGCAGCGACCUCCGGCUAAUUCCUCGAGUUCGCGGACGAGCGCGCGGCCACCUCAGAUGCCUGCUCGGCCGACAAUGGGGAGCAACGGACUGUACACACAGCCAAGCGCGAGCUCGAGUUCGGUGAUGAUGAGUGGAGCGAACAACAGCAGCUCGCUGGGUGUGCCGAGCCAGAGGCCGGCGAAGAAGAAGAGUUUCUUUGGCUUGAGGAGUGCGAGUGACGAUGGGGCGCAAGCGGAGCGGUUGAGGAAGAAGGGAAGUGCGAUGUGGUGA